CGCCAGGGGCGCGCGUGGACCAGUUCUCGAGAGCCAGCUCGUGGCAGCUCGCGGCGGCUCAGUCGGCCGCUGCGCCCAUCCAGACCCGCAUGGCCAGAAGCAGCAGCAGCAGCCCGGGGCGUCGCCUGCUGGCGCUCGCCUUGGCGCUGGGCGCCGCGACGCUCGCGCAAGCCUACAUCAAGGACAAGCCUGACUUCAUCAAGACAUGCUACCACAAGAAACCGGACUUCGAGGACUGCAACCGUCAAACCGUUCAGGGCAUCUUUGAUAAGCUGAGUCAGGGCUAUCCUGAGAUCGGCCUGUUGCCCACAGACCCGCUGCGGGUAAGCAAGAUCAACAUCUUCCAAGGAAACGAUGGUCCUGUGACCAUCAAUGCCUCGCUGAACGACGUGAUCAUACGCGGGUUAUCCGGUAUCAAGGUAAUCAAGAACAAGGUGGACUUCAAGACGUACAGCUUCGCGACGGAGAUGCAGGUGCCCGACCUGCGGGUGGAGGGCAACUACACCCUGAAGGGCCGGGUGCUGCUGCUGCCCCUCGUGGGCAGAGGCGACGCCUGGUUCGAGCCGCAGAACAUGCGGGUGAUGUCGAAGCAGACAAUAGUCCUGAAGGAGCACGACGGCCACUUGUUCUUCGACGUGAAGCGCGUCGACGUGACCUACGAGGUGUCCAGCCUGAAGAUGAGACUGAACAAUCUAUACAACGGCCGCAAGAUCCUGGAGGACAGCACCAACAACUACAUCAACAACAACUGGCGCGCCGUGGGCGAGACGCUGCAGCCCAUCCUGGAGAGGACGUGCGCGGACAUCGUCUACACCAUCAUGAAGAAGCUGUUCGACGAGACGCCCGCCGAGUUCUACAUCGCCGACGUGGGCGAACACUGAGGACUCUUCCCUGACUGCUCUUCACUUUCCAACCCGGGCCCCGGUGCCUUCGGUCCUGGCUUCUGCCACACCUGCCGAGCCCAGACUGAGGCGUGCGUGCCGCUUAGUGAUGGGCGAAACCGAGUAGUUGUAAUGAUCGAUUUUCAUAAUCGAUUUUCAUAUUCGAUUCAUGCUACCGAAAUCUUGUGACGCAGUUGAAACUUGAGAUGGUUUUUUUUGUUACUUCUGUAUUAUGUGUACAUACACAGAUUUUUUUUUUUUUUUUUAGCAUUCUUCAGUUUUAAAAUGCCAUGCCAUUUCCCGUAAAAAAUAAGGAUACAAAUUUAGAUAUUAUGAGUAUAAAAUGGAAUGGAAAAAAAAACUCAACUGAAAUUCCACUUGUAAAACAAAAUGCAUGGAGGUAUAUGAAAACUUUCCUACGAAUUCUGCAAGGUAUCCUUGCUUUCAGUGAUCAAGCAUUCGGCCACGCGAAAGAUAUUUACUUUGUAACAGUAGAGACUAGUUAUAUUGUGCUUGGGUGAAGGAAAGAGUGAAGAUGAAUAGAUUUUUUCAUAUUUAAGGAGUUAAUGAAUCGAUGAUAACAUAGGAACACACACAUUCUGCCCAACACUGGAUUACGCGCGCCUCAUUCUUGGACUAAAAGGUGCAACGAACCACGGGUAGUUAAACGGAGUCUACUCUUCCUGUCUCCUUUGUUUCACAUCCCAUCCUAUGACUGCUGAAAUAAGCUUGGAACUGAAAUUAGGCUCAACAAGGCAUUAUGGCUGAACAGUACUCUGUCGCAUGUAGUUGGCACAUGUGAUGUCUAGGGCCACAGAUUUUUCGCCAAAUACUGUGAACACACGCAAUAUAGCCUUGUGUAGUUACAGAGAUUUCCAGAAUCCGUGUAAAUAUUUGAAGAGAAGCUAAAAUGCAUACACUUAAAUUACAUUCUCUUUGGAUCAUAAGUAGUUUUGAUACGCCCCGAAAUUUUUAGUUAUUAAAUAAUACCGUGGUUUAAUUUUUUUGAAAAUUAUAAUUUUUGUUCUUGGUUAGCUAUCUUUUUAAAAUGUUAUAUUUAUACUAAGUGCUUUUUCUCUGUAAGAAAUCAGAUCUCCAGAAAAGAGAAAAUUAAAAAUUCUUAAUAAUUUUUUUGUUAGUUUAAGUGUGAAUGUGCUUCUUUCUUAGUUGUAUUUUUUUUUUAAAUUGAUCACUUCUUUGUUUUCUAUUUAAUAUUUUUUUUGUAAAAGUAAUAUUUUUUUUUCUAUCUGUGAUGUAGUGUAAGACAAGGUAGUGUCCCGGCCUAAACUUUUCCACGUGUAAAAAUAAGAUGAUAAAAUAGAUAACAUUACUAUACUCAAAUAUCACGAUCUCACGCAAUCUGGCCGGGAGAUAAAAAUGUGAAUGCAGUAGACACCGACUCAUAACUUGUUAUAGAAGUGUGUGGCGUUCAUUCUGGUACCAGGAAAUAACGUGAAUUCGGGAAGGUCUCUGGUUCGGCAGGGACAAAUACGUCUCUUUAUCUUCCUGUUGGCUGAUGUCUCUACGAUAUGUACCCACGCUAAUGGAAAGUAUAAUUUGAAGCCCGGUGACAGUAACGCUAGUAAGCCGUGAUUCGUGUGGAAUUAGUUGACGCGUGAAUAGUUAAAAAAAAAAAAAACAGCCAAAUGUGUGCUACAUAGUCCUGCGAAUUUUGCGUUAUUUACUUCUACUACGUUAGACUCCACAAACUUGUACAUGCACGAUUAAAAAGUAAGUGCAGAGAUUUUUCGCGAAUAAAAAAACUGAACCCCAAUUAUUCUGCAUUAUGGUAUGCCCGUGCCAGCUGUUGCUUCCUUUUGAUUGGCGGCCGUCUGAGAGAGAAGCCAUUGCCUUAUUUGACCGGGCCAUUCAGGGAGGCGUUUACUUCCGCUAUGAAUUACAGUAGACAUGUACCUGAAAGAAACUCGACCGAUCACGAUGCUACAGUGUUUUAACUCUCAAACAUUCUCGUAACCUUUUCGCGGAAAGUGCAUGCCCUAGAACUAUUUAUUCGCACAUGUUGUGCAACACAUUGGAGUUUUAAAAAAUGCAGUCUACUGCAUUUUAUUGUAGAUACAGCCAAAUAAAUAUUUUAGUUUUUAAAA